GAGCAGGAAGCAUCUAAAACAUGCAGGACAUGGGGUCCUGAGGAACAGGGUUGAGAACCACUGCCCUAGAAGAUGCGUUUGACGCUAUCUUUGGGGGCACUUGAAGGCCAUGGUGUAUCAGGUGGAGAUACGAGACAUAAAUCAUCUCAAGGAACACAUCACCAAUGCCAUCAUAAGCAUAACUUCAACAGUGCUAAUGGAAAACAUGUAUUAAUAUGUGUUUUUGAAACAAUGGUAAUCAUAUAGAGCACAUUAUAUAAAUAAAAAAGAUUGUCCAACAUAAAAUGUUUAUUUUUCCUAUGUAUGGAAACUUAUGGCCCACCCUAUAUAAUUGUAAUGAACAUAAACAACAUAGACGCCCACAUGAGCACCUUGUGAGACGAGUGUCUUUUUUAAUCCUCAUGUGGUUUGAGGGCUGGCCUGGUGUUGUAGUUGCUUUAUGUGAGUACACCAAAGGUACAUACAGUUCAAACAUGCUUCACUUUUUCUUUUAGGUUUGUUCCUCUGUAUGAACUGUUACCUGGUUGCGAAGUCAAGGAAAAUGAAAAGUGGCAUCUGAAACUAGGUUCUUGUAAAUGAAGUGACUCAGAUGAAGGCAUCUGUGCAAAUGUCAAUAUAUAUGGAGUUACCUUGUCCUCCCCUUCAGUCUACAUUCAGUAAUUCAAAAUCAUAAAGACACAGUUGUCACAUUUUUUUAAUUUAACGGAUCAAAAAAUCUGAAAACUCCCAUCUAAAUAAGUUUUCAGACCCUUAUUUCAGUGAACAGUAGAAAGCCCUUCUACAGUUUUGCAUGACUUUAUUUGAGCAGUUUAUCAUACUUUCCCCUGCAAAUCCUUGCAAAGUUUGUCAGACUGGAUGGAAAGUUGCUGAAAUCAUAUUUACAAAAUAAAAGUGCAAAUAAAGUGAAGGGGUCUGAAUACUUUCUGAAGCCAGUGCAUGUCACAGCUGUUACUAUGGCAAAAUGAACUCUCUGUGACUGAUUUUACAUUGCCAGAUUAAGAAACACAUGGGACAAUUUAAAACUCUACGCUCUUAUGACUCUGUAGAUUGUGUUCAGUUUACUAAUGCUACAAUUUUACAUGGCACCAGGUUCACUGUGCGUGAGUAAUUAAUUAUAAUGAUAAUAAUAAACGCUUUAAAGAAGAAAAUAUUGUUCAAGGUAUAGCUGUUCUGCACAUUCUCUCUCUCACACAAGUACAGAGGAAGUCCGCGUUAGCCGCUUUUAUUCUGAAGGAACAAGACCGGAUGUUUUUUAUGUGUCGCGCGGAAUAUGAAGUAGCUUCAAAAUAGCACCUUGAGAUUUUAUUUUUCAGCUAAUAUGCGAACAGUAAUUUUGUGUGGUAACACAUGCGGUGUCUGAGUAAAAAACAAAAAAGCUGGUCGUGGUUUGUUUUAAUUAAACGCUCUACUCAGAAACGACUUCGCGAAAGUCUAAGCUACCGGCUAAUGCUAGCUAGCUAACCACCAAGCUAGUUGUCAACAUCAAAAUGUAAUUGAUGCAUCUCCGCCGCACCCGACCGAAGAACUUCAGAGUGAAGCUGUAUACGUUGUACAGCUCAGAUGGAGAUAAACAGACUCGACAUUCCUCCUGCUUUAGCCGUGUCCUAAAAACGGCGUCACAAAAGUCCUUAAAUAAAAUCUAAACAGAUGCAGUGUUGUCCUGUUACAUUUACGACAUGGAUCAGUCAAAUGCAGCUGUUGGUAAAAGUGGGCUUUUGAUGUCAGAUUUAGAUAAAUGCUACAUCUGCCUGAGUCCCUUUGAACAGCAGACGGUGGGCUCUCUGGACAACUGCCAGCAUGUCUUUUGUCUUGAAUGUAUCCAGCAGUGGUCUCAGACAGCCAACACUUGCCCAGUGGAUCGGAUCAGUUUUGCUUUCAUCUACCAGAGACAGUGCCCUGGAGGGGACGUACAAAAGGAGAUCAAAGUUAUUCCGCGGAAGCAGGAGGAGGAUGAUGAGGAGGAGGAGGAGGAGGAGGAAGAGAGCAAUGCUGUUGUCUGUGAGGAAUGUGGACUUAGCGAUCAGGGUCACCAGAUGCUGGUGUGCAGCCGCUGUGAUUCAGGGUAUCACGUGGACUGUUUGACGCCACCAUUUAACAGAAGCCCUGAAGGUUUCUGGAUUUGUCCUGAGUGUGUGCUCAUACCUUAUUAUACAGGCAGCACCAUUGAGGAGGAGAUCAGUGAUGGAGAACUAGCAGACCUCCUUGCUGAUGUGGAUGAAGCUUCAUUGAGCAGCAGCCGCCUUCGGCCCGUGAUUGGUCCCAGCAGCUCCGCUGAAAGACGACGCAGCGCCAGAAUCCAGAGCAGAGCCAGCAGGAAUCCAAGUGGUCGCUCCCAAUCCUGAGUGCCAAGAGAUUAUUUAAUGAGCUGCUAAUGUGAGGAUUUCGCAUUAUCAACUUUUUUUUUGAAAAAUAAAGUGUACUUGUGAAGAAUUCUGAAUAGAUUUAUGUGUGCAUGAAAGUACAAAGUGUCUCUUUAAUAAAAUGUCAUGUAGAACCCAGUA